AGCGCCAGCUGGAAAGAGACUGACAACACUGCACAUGCUCAGUGUGUCUCUGUCGGCUAGCCGUUUAAGUUGGGUGGACAGGAGGAAAAUAUCCCUGCUAGAAAUUAAAGCUGCCAGCAGCAGCCGUCUCAUGUACUGUAUACAACCAAGAAAGCUUAAGUUUAGCAAACAAAUGCGGAGCAACUUAACAAUUUGAAAAGGAAUGAAGCAAGCAGCUGAGAGCAGCCUAUUCACAUCUCACAACUGUUUUUCAUCAUUUCUGAGUGCAUCAAUUUACCAUAUCAACAUGACUUUCCUCCUAGACAAUGUCCAGAAAAUAAUUACUUCACAAGAAAAGAAGUGCUAAAAAUUUGAAAUGAGAAAGAGACAACAUAGUGAUGGAAAUUCUCAAUCAUCUGGCAAUCCAAGGCCUGCCCCAUAUGGCUGUACUUGGUGCCUUUGCUGGCGUUGCACAUGGAAUGAAGAGAGAGGUGAAGGCUUUGAAAGACCCUCUCAUACAACUAAAAUGGAAAGUUUUGAGACCACAGAAGAGUGUUUACAAAUAACUCUACAAGAAGUUAUAUCAUGGGGCCAAAACUUUGAAAAAAUGAUGAGUACUUCAACAGGAAGAAAUGUAUUUAGAGAAUUUCUCCGCUCAGAAUAUAGUGAAGAGAAUUUGCUUUUCUAUCUUGCCUGUGAAGACUUGAAGAACGAACAGAAUUCAAAAGUUGUAGAGGAGAAAGCAAGGACAAUCUAUGAAGACUAUGUUUCGAUACUUUCCCCAAAGGAGGUUAGUCUGGAUUCUCGAGUUCGUGAAGCAAUCAACAGAAACUUGAAAGAACCAAACUCUAACAUGUAUGAUGAAGCCCAGCUGCAAAUAUAUACCUUAAUGCAUAGGGACUCAUUCCCACGUUUUUUGAAUUCUCCAGUUUACAAAUCUCUUCUUGCAAAAAUGUCAGAAAUUCCAUCUGAUCCAUAAUUCCUAAUUUCUAAUUUUUAAAGCAAUUUAGAACCACUUGGAGCCGACUCCCUUGAGAUUUUUAAUUUAAAACUACUCAGGCUACUGUGAAAGAAAAAAAUGUUUAUCCAUGAGUUUUCAAUUUUUUCUUACAUUAUACAAUACAUAAACAAAUGCUAGUGAUGAAACGUUAAUUUGAUAAUAUUUACUGUGAUUGGAAUAGGCAUGUGGAUUUAAUAUAAUGAUAGUAAGAAGGAGAAAAGUAAACUGCACAUUUUACUUUCAAACAGAUAUUUUAAGCUAUGAAUUUUAAAUGUAUUAUUAAUUCCAAAUAGCUGCAAUAGUUACAUGUGUAUUUUACCAAAACAACAAAGUUUUAACUCAGUAACUCCAUAUAAAUUUACAUCAGUUGCAAGAGGCACGAUCUCACAGGUAGGAUCCUGUAACUGUGUAAAUAUCUUUUAAAAUAUCAGCAAAAGAUAUUCCACUGCAGUACUAAAAACAAAGGAUCGGUUAUGUUUCACUGAUUCCUGAACUGGUUAUGCAACUACUGUAUGUUAUUUGUGUGUGUUGUCAUAAACAUGAAGUCAUAACCACAAAGCAUGGACAGUUCAAAUUAUUUGAAAUAAAUCAUAUUUGAUAGACGCAUGAUGUACCCGUUAUUCCUGUCAUUGGAGUUUUGUAACAAAAUUAAUAAGAAGCACAAUGGUAUUAAAAUAAAAUAAAAAGCUGAUAAAGAAAAAAUGCCAGACCUAAAAGCAUUGGUGCUUUUGUAUUAUUGAGGACUUUUAAAAAUUUGUAAGAUAAUUUAAAGCUUUAUGAAGUAUUCAGAGGUUUAACUUUCCAAUUUUACUCUUACACCUUUAUCAAAGUAACGAGUACUGUGUUAAGUUUAAGCAUCAACUUUUGGAUCUGGUUGCUUAUUUACAUAAAAUUUAAAUGCUUUGUCAAAAAUUGUUUAUAUUUAUUACGCGUAAUGCAAGAACAGAAAAAAAACAGAUUGGCAUUUAUAGUCAUUCUGUUGUAGCCUCUCUUUAAAGGAAAGAAUUUCCUAUCCUAGGGCUCCAAAUAGAAUUUAUUUUAUUUAUUACACUGAAAACUUUGAAGGAAAUGCAAUAUAUUAUUGAAGCAAAUGUUCUUUAUGACAUUUUUUAAAUUGUUGAAUGAGACAUUGGGCCUUCUGUGAGCUCAGUAAAGCAGGUCUGAUAUGCAUAAAUGCAUAUUUAUUAGUACAAAUAUGAAAGUGCAUGAAUAAUUAAAAAAAUGAAUAAGACAAACUAAAUUACAGAAGAAAAAUAAUACAGGCAGUAUUAAUCAGAUAUAUGGUCAUUUAAUGUAAAGUUAUGGUGAUGGCCUUACAAUUUUCUCUCACUCUCUCGUUCAUUUAUCUAUCUAUUUAUUUAUUUAUUUAUUUUCCACUACCUCCAAUGUCCAUUGAUUUAUCUGGUGUUGUGAUUUGCAAUUUAACAUUUGUCUCAACUUGAAGCCCAUCACUGUAAAAUUUAUUUGGAGAUUGCUGUGAAAUGCUUUGCUUAUUAUUUAGCACAAGUAUACUUCAAAUUAUAAAAUGAAUUCAGGAAAACAAAAAUCAAGGGCUAAUACUGUAUUCCUUAUGCAAAUAUUCCGAAGUUAUACAUGAGAGAAAGGUCUUAGAAUGUGUCACUACAAAAGCUGAUAAGAAUAUGGUUUACAUGUAUUUUUUUCUGAUUAUACUGUCUGCUUCGGCAUUUUUCUUAAUAAGUUUCUUUAUUUAAAAAAUAUACAUUCAUUGUGAGUAAUAUUUUACUAAUAAUUUAUAAUAAAUACUUUGGCUGGAAUUUUCACUGUGCUACAUUUUCUUGUGAAAGAAUCUAUGAAAUACUGUACUUUUUAGCUGAUAAUAUCCUACUUACUGUAUGCUAGAGCAGGAUUUUAAUGUUUACUACAAAAUGCUGUAAAUCAUACCUUAAAUUACAUAUGAUAUGGGAACAUUGUGUCCCCUUUAAUAAAACAUGCAUGUUUUUAUAAAAGGUAUAUUUAAUAGGGAUGAGCCUAAACUCGUGCAGUGUAAUUGGAAAUGGAAGAAAGUUUCUACCUACCUCUCCAAGGAGAUGAAUAUAUUUAUAGGGCAUACAUGGAAAUAUAAAAUACAUCCAGCACUGUAAAAUAGGCAAGACUUCCCAGAUAUUUACUUUUUUUUUUUUAAUCAAGGUGGUCUUAGCCAGGCCAUUUUAAUCUUAAAAAUGUGUCAUUUUCAAUAAACAAAGCAUACUCCUUAUGAUGCUGCACUGCAUAUCACCUGGUUACUCGACUCUGUCCACGGAGGGCCCCAUUCAGUGCAGGCUUUUACUGUAGGUAGCCUCAUACUAGGAGGAUAAUCUGUGGGAUCUUCUUAAUGUUUAUUUUGUUCCUAAAUAAGUUUUUUGGUUUCCAGCUUCGCGGUAUUCUGGAUAACCUCUUAUGUUUCAGGGCUACUCAACACAAUCGUUCAUCCAAAGCUAAUUCUGUUUAAAAAUCACAGACAGUUGGCUUUGAGCAGUUGUAGAUGAGCAGCUCACAGGCAAGACUCAUUACAAACUUCAAUAUCUGUUUAUUGUAACUGAGUUUGAUUUUAAGACAAUACAUAGCAUGAAAACAGCAAGUAGUUCAGAAACAAUGUGGAGUAAAAAAAGGCCAAACUGAGAGCUCAAACAGAAUGCAAUAUGUGAACACAUUAUUGAGAUGUAUGUAGACGUGAACAUUGGUGUCAACAAGAAACUGCAUCCAUUGUGGUCCUCCAUGGUCGAUUGUAUGG